GCUUAGGUGGCGAAAGAGCGUAAACAAUGCCGGCUGCAGUGAGCUAAAGCCUGGGGCAUCUGCUCUACUUCUGGGUGGUGACAGCGGCCCUAGGGUGCUUGUUUGGAUAUGCAGUGGUUGAGCUGUGUCCACGACCCGGCUUUGCCCCAGCCUGGUUCCUCUUGCGGAAUUACUCUUAAUUCUGAGGAGAAACUGGAAGCACAAUGGGAGAUGACAGUGAGUGGAUGAAACUGCCGGUUGAUCAAAAAUGUGAACACAAGCUCUGGAAAGCAAGGUUAAGUGGAUAUGAAGAAGCCCUGAAGAUCUUCCAGAAAAUAAAGGAUGAAAAGAGCCCAGAAUGGUCCAAAUUUUUAGGACUGAUCAAAAAAUUUGUGACUGAUUCCAAUGCAGUGGUUCAGCUGAAAGGGUUAGAAGCUGCACUUGUGUAUGUUGAAAAUGCCCAUGUAGCAGGAAAAACCACAGGAGAAGUUGUGUCAGGUGUCGUAAGUAAAGUGUUCAACCAGCCCAAAGCCAAAGCCAAGGAGCUAGGCAUUGAGAUUUGUCUGAUGUACAUAGAGAUUGAGAAAGGAGAGGCUGUGCAAGAAGAGCUCCUAAAAGGCCUGGACAACAAGAACCCCAAGAUUGUAGUGGCCUGCAUAGAGACACUGAGGAAAGCCUUAAGUGAAUUUGGUUCCAAAAUCAUCUUGCUUAAGCCAAUUAUCAAAGUGUUGCCAAAACUCUUUGAGUCUCGAGAAAAGGCUGUUCGAGAUGAAGCAAAACUAAUUGCUGUGGAGAUUUACAGAUGGAUUCGGGACGCUCUAAGACCCCCAUUACAAAAUAUAAACUCUGUCCAGUUGAAAGAACUAGAAGAAGAAUGGGUCAAAUUGCCAACAGGUGCUCCUAAACCAAGUCGAUUUCUGCGUUCCCAGCAAGAACUAGAAGCGAAAUUGGAACAGCAACAGUCUGCUGGUGGCGAUGCUGAGGGAGGUGGUGAUGAUGGUGAUGAGGUGCCACAGAUAGAUGCUUAUGAGCUAUUGGAGGCAGUAGAAAUUCUUUCCAAACUUCCCAAAGACUUUUAUGAUAAAAUUGAGGCAAAAAAAUGGCAAGAGAGAAAAGAAGCCCUGGAGGCUGUAGAAGUACUAGUGAAAAACCCCAAACUGGAAGCAGGCGAUUAUGCAGAUUUAGUAAAAGCAUUAAAGAAGGUUGUUGGAAAGGACACCAAUGUCAUGUUGGUGGCUUUGGCAGCAAAAUGUCUUACUGGCCUAGCUGUUGGACUAAGGAAGAAAUUUGGACAAUAUGCAGGACAUGUUGUGCCAACCAUUUUGGAAAAAUUCAAAGAGAAGAAGCCUCAGGUGGUGCAAGCCCUGCAGGAGGCAAUUGAUGCAAUCUUCCUUACUACCACACUACAGAACAUCAGUGAGGAUGUUUUAGCAGUAAUGGAUAAUAAAAAUCCAACCAUCAAGCAGCAGACAUCUCUUUUCAUUGCCAGAAGCUUCCGCCACUGCACUGCUUCUACCCUCCCAAAGAGCUUGCUAAAGCCCUUUUGUGCUGCUCUACUUAAGCACAUCAAUGAUUCUGCUCCUGAAGUCAGAGAUGCUGCAUUUGAAGCACUGGGCACUGCUUUGAAAGUGGUGGGUGAGAAAGCAGUAAAUCCAUUCUUAGCUGAUGUGGACAAACUCAAGCUUGAUAAGAUCAAAGAAUGUUCAGAAAAAGUAGAGCUCGUACAUGGUAAGAAAGCUGGACUUGCAGCAGACAAGAAGGAAUUCAAGCCUGCUCCUGGAAGGACUGCUGCCUCAGGGGCUGCAGGAGAUAAGGACACAAAGGACAUUUCAGCACCCAAACCAGGACCCUCAAAAAAGGCACCUGCUACUAAGGCUGGUGGGCCACCUAAGAAGGGGAAGCCAGCUGCGUCAGGAGGUGCAGGGGGCACUGGAACCAAGAAUAAGAAAGGACUGGAAACCAAAGAAAUCGUGGAGCCUGAGCUUUCGAUAGAAGUAUGUGAAGAAAAAGCUUCAGCUGUCCUUCCUGCUACCUGUAUACAGCUUCUAGACAGCAGUAACUGGAAGGAAAGGCUGGCUUGUAUGGAGGAGUUCCAGAAGGCUGUUGAACUAAUGGAUCGAACAGAAAUGCCAUGCCAGGCAUUAGUGAGGAUGCUGGCCAAGAAACCUGGAUGGAAGGAAACCAAUUUUCAGGUGAUGCAGAUGAAGCUUCACAUAGUUGCUUUGAUUGCCCAGAAAGGGAAUUUUUCCAAAACUUCAGCUCAGAUUGUCUUGGAUGGCCUUGUGGACAAGAUUGGAGAUGUAAAGUGUGGUAACAAUGCAAAAGAAGCUAUGACAGCAAUAGCCGAAGCUUGCAUGUUACCGUGGACAGCUGAACAGGUUAUGUCAAUGGCUUUCUCACAGAAGAAUCCCAAGAAUCAAUCAGAAACUCUGAAUUGGCUAUCAAAUGCAAUAAAAGAAUUUGGUUUUUCUGGGCUGAAUGUGAAAGCUUUCAUUAGCAAUGUGAAGACAGCUCUUGCUGCAACAAACCCAGCUGUGAGGACUUCCGCCAUCACCCUACUUGGUGUGAUGUAUCUGUAUGUUGGCCCCUCUUUGCGAAUGUUCUUUGAAGAUGAGAAGCCUGCCCUCCUAUCCCAGAUAGAUGCAGAAUUUGAGAAGAUGCAGGGACAGAGCCCACCUGCUCCAACCAGAGGGAUUUCCAAACACAGCAUAAGUGGUACAGAUGAAGGAGAAGAUGGAGAUGAGCCAGAUGAGGGGGGCAAUGAUGUUGUGGAUCUUUUGCCAAGGACAGAAAUCAGUGAUAAAAUCACCUCAGAGUUGGUGUCUAAGAUUGGUGACAAGAAUUGGAAGAUCAGGAAAGAAGGUCUAGAUGAAGUGGCAGGUAUUAUCAAUGAAGCCAAAUUUAUCCAACCGAAUAUAGGUGAACUGCCAACUGCCUUGAAGGGUCGACUCAAUGAUUCAAAUAAAAUCUUGGUGCAACAAACAUUGAAUAUCCUCCAGCAGCUGGCCGUAGCAAUGGGCCCAAAUAUCAAGCAACAUGUGAAGAACUUAGGCAUCCCUAUCAUCACAGUCCUUGGAGACAGCAAGAACAAUGUUCGGGCGGCUGCCCUAGCGACUGUGAAUGCUUGGGCAGAACAGACAGGCAUGAAGGAAUGGCUGGAGGGAGAAGAUCUUUCUGAAGAACUCAAAAAGGAAAAUCCUUUCUUGAGGCAAGAGCUUCUGGGCUGGUUGGCUGAGAAACUGCCGAGUCUUCGUUCCACCCCCACUGACCUCAUCCUUUGUGUUCCUCAUCUCUACUCCUGCCUGGAGGACCGUAAUGGAGAUGUGCGGAAGAAGGCCCAAGAUGCCUUGCCAUUCUUCAUGAUGCACUUGGGAUAUGAGAAAAUGGCCAAGGCCACUGGGAAACUAAAGCCAACUUCUAAAGAUCAGGUACUGGCCAUGCUAGAGAAAGCCAAAGCUAACAUGCCAGCCAAGCCUGCUGCAUCUGCUAAAGCAGCUUCCAAACCGAUGGGAGGGUCAGCUCCAGCCAAAUUCCAGCCAGCUUCAGCACCUGUUGAAGAUUCUGUUUCCAGCACUGUAGAACCCAAGCCUGAUCCAAAAAAGGCCAAAGCUCUAGGAGUUUCCUCUAAAGCAAAGAGUGCACAAGGAAAGAAAGUGCCCAGCAAAACCAGCUUAAAGGAAGAUGAAGACAAAUCUGGUCCUAUCUUCAUUGUUAUUCCAAAUGGAAAGGAGCAAAGAAUGAAAGAUGAAAAAGGAUUAAAGGUGCUAAAGUGGAAUUUUACUACUCCACGGGAUGAAUACAUUGAGCAACUAAAGACUCAGAUGUCUAGCUGCGUGGCUAAGUGGCUACAAGAUGAGAUGUUUCACUCAGACUUUCAGCAUCAUAACAAAGCCCUUGCUGUCAUGGUUGAUCACUUGGAGAGUGAAAAAGAGGGUGUAAUUGGUUGCCUGGAUCUCAUCUUAAAGUGGCUUACCCUGCGGUUUUUUGACACCAAUACAAGCGUCCUAAUGAAAGCCCUAGAAUAUUUAAAAUUGCUCUUCACACUGCUAAGUGAGGAGGAAUAUCAUCUGACUGAGAACGAAGCAUCUUCCUUCAUCCCUUAUCUCAUCCUCAAGGUUGGAGAACCAAAGGAUGUCAUUCGUAAAGAUGUCCGUGCCAUCCUGAACCGGAUGUGCCUUGUCUACCCAGCCAGCAAGAUGUUCCCCUUCAUCAUGGAAGGAACCAAAUCCAAAAACUCUAAGCAAAGAGCAGAGUGCCUGGAAGAACUGGGGUGUCUGGUCGAGUCCUAUGGCAUGAAUGUUUGCCAACCAACCCCAGGGAAAGCCUUAAAGGAGAUAGCAAUUCACAUCGGAGACCGUGACAAUGCUGUGCGCAAUGCUGCCCUCAAUACCAUCGUCACCGUGUACAAUGUACACGGGGAUCAGGUGUUCAAACUGAUUGGAACUCUUUCUGAAAAGGAUAUGAGCAUGCUCGAGGAGAGGAUUAAGCGGUCAGCAAAGAGGCCUUCUGCUGCACCAAUAAAACAGGUGGAAGAGAGACCUCAGCGCACACAGAGCAUAAACUCCAAUGCCAACAUGCUGCGCAAGGGACCAGCUGAGGACAUGUCCUCCAAACUCAACCAAGCCCGAAGCAUGAGUGGGCAUCCUGAGGCAGCCCAGAUGGUUCGCCGAGAAUUCCAGCUGGAUCUAGAUGAGAUUGAGAAUGACAAUGGUACAGUUCGAUGUGAAAUGCCAGAGCUUGUUCAGCACAAACUGGAUGACAUUUUUGAACCCGUCCUUAUUCCUGAACCCAAAAUCCGGGCUGUUUCUCCACACUUUGAUGACAUGCACAGUAAUACAGCAUCCACAAUCAAUUUCAUUAUCUCCCAAGUAGCCAGUGGUGACAUCAACACGAGCAUCCAAGCUCUGACACAGAUCGAUGAGGUCCUGAGACAGGAAGACAAAGCUGAAGCUAUGUCUGGCCAUAUUGAUCAGUUUCUGAUAGCCACGUUCAUGCAGCUAAGACUCAUCUACAACACACAUAUGGCAGAUGAGAAAUUGGAGAAAGAUGAGAUCAUCAAGCUUUAUAGCUGUAUCAUUGGCAACAUGAUUUCGCUGUUUCAGAUAGAAAGCCUUGCCCGGGAGGCCUCCACUGGAGUACUGAAAGACCUGAUGCAUGGCCUCAUCACCUUAAUGCUGGACUCUAGGAUUGAAGAUCUAGAGGAAGGACAACAGGUGAUCCGCUCUGUGAACCUCUUGGUGGUGAAGGUUCUGGAGAAGUCAGACCAGACCAACAUCCUGAGUGCCCUACUUGUUUUGCUCCAAGACAGCCUGCUAGCAACAGCCAGUUCUCCCAAAUUCUCAGAGCUUGUUAUGAAGUGUCUCUGGAGAAUGGUUCGACUCUUGCCUGAUACCAUUAACAGCAUUAAUCUGGACAGAAUUCUUCUGGACAUACAUAUUUUCAUGAAGGUCUUCCCCAAAGAGAAACUGAAGCAAUGCAAAAGUGAAUUUCCCAUAAGGACCCUAAAGACACUGCUCCACACUUUAUGCAAAUUAAAAGGGCCCAAGAUCCUAGACCACCUAACAAUGAUUGACAACAAGAACGAAUCUGAGCUGGAGGCCCACCUCUGCCGGAUGAUGAAGCACAGCAUGGACCAGACCGGGAGCAAGUCUGAUAAGGAAACAGAAAAGGGAGCAUCUCGAAUAGAUGAAAAAUCAUCAAAGGCCAAAGUGAAUGAUUUCUUGGCUGAGAUUUUUAAGAAGAUUGGCUCUAAAGAGAACACCAAAGAGGGCCUAGCAGAGUUAUAUGAAUAUAAGAAGAAAUAUUCAGAUGCCGACAUUGAACCCUUCCUGAAAAAUUCCUCCCAGUUCUUCCAGAGCUAUGUUGAAAGAGGCCUUCGGGUGAUUGAGAUGGAGAGAGAAGGCAAAGGCCGUAUUCCCUCAUCAACAGGCAUCUCCCCUCAGACGGAGGUCACGUGUAUGUCUGCUCCCACAAGCACAGUGUCCUCCAUUGGUAACACGAACGGAGAGGAGGUGGGACCGUCGGUCUACCUGGAAAGACUCAAAAUCCUCCGACAGCGGUGUGGUCUGGACAAUACAAAGCAAGAUGACCGACCUCCGCUGACCUCUCUGCUCUCCAAACCAGCAGUUCCCACGGUUGCCUCUUCCACAGACAUGCUGCACAGCAAACUCUCUCAGCUCCGGGAGUCCCGGGAGCAGCACCAGCACUUGGACCUGGAUUCUCACCAGACUCACUCUUCAGGAACCACGACCACGUCCUCGUCCUCCACGGCUAACAUUGACGACUUGAAAAAGAGACUGGAGAGAAUAAAGAGCAGUCGCAAGUGAAGCCGCCCCAGCCCCCGGCACCCCGCAGCUUCAGUUCACUAAACUCGGAGUCCUCCUAGUCGAAGGGCCUCGGCAGGCCUAGCACACAGACUGGCCGGCUGCACACACCGCGGGUCCGGGAGGAGCCGCCGCGGCGCGAGUCGUUGUACAUACUCUGCUUCUCCGCCAGCGCCCUGCCUCUAGAAGACCGUCCGUGUAGUAGUUUAGUGUACAGACUUGUAAACAGCUGCCCUCCUCUCAGCUCCGACUAGUCUCCGUAGCCUUUGUCUUUUAUUUUUAACUGCUCAUUUGUAAAGUCGUCCUGAUCUUUCCUAGCUUUUAACUAUUAGAAACUUUAAUAGUUUUUCCUUUGAGUUUGUGAGCUCUUCUCCCUGUAGCCCUGAAGGGUCACUGUAUUCUGUAUGAAUGCAUGGCAUGGUACAACUAAUUUAAGAGUCUUUUAUAAAUAAAGUUUGCAUUAACUAGAA